AUGCAUCUUCCCACCCUUCUCCCAGUGUUUCUUCUUCAACCCUUCCUUACAGCCGCCGAGCCCAUCAGGAUACCGCGUCAAGAUAAUAACAAUAACAAUGCCUUGGUGAUCAGCCCCCGUGCGCGCCCCAAUGCGCCGAGUGGCGGCUACGCCCCGGCCCAGGUGCCGUGUCCGGGGGACAAGCCCACCAUCCGGAGCGCGAAUGCCCUCUCCCAGAGUGAGACGGACUGGCUCAAGAAGCGCCGUCCUAACACCGUCGACCCCAUGAUCGACUUCCUGAAGCGGGCAAACAUUGACGGUUUCGAUGCCGAGGCCUACCUUCGCAAGGUCGCCCCAGGCAUCACGGACCUGCCCAACGUCGCCAUCGCCGUCUCGGGCGGUGGCUACCGUGCCUUGAUGAACGGUGCCGGCUUCGUGUCCGCCGCCGACAGCCGCACCCCCGGGUCCACGGCCGCCGGCGGCAUCGGUGGUCUUCUCCAGGCCAGCACUUACUUGGCUGGGCUCUCAGGUGGCGGCUGGCUGGUCAGCAGCAUAUUCGCCAACAACUUCAGCACUGUCGAGACGCUGCGCAACGGUAGAGAGGGCAGCAGCAUCUGGGCCUUUGAGAACACCAUUUUCGAAGGUCCCGACAUGCCAGGCCCAGGCAUCCUUGACACGGCGGCGUAUUGGAGUGACGUUGCCGGCCAAGUUGACGACAAGCGUAGCGCCGGCUUCCCGGUGUCCAUCACCGACUACUGGGGGCGUGCACUGAGCUAUCAGUUGAUCGACGCUCCAGACGGCGGCCCGGCAUACACCUUCUCCAGCAUCGUCCUGGAUGAUGAGUUUGCCAACUCGCGGACGCCCUUUCCCAUCUUGGUUUCCGACGUAAGGGCUCCCGGGACCAAGGUCAUUUCGCUGAACGCGACAGUCGUCGAGUUCAACCCCUUUGAAAUGGGCUCGUACGACCCGACCAUCUACGGCUUCGCGCCGAUGCGCUAUCUCGCCUCCAACUUCUCGGCCGGCGUUGUCCCCUCCGACGGCAAGUGCGUCGAGGGCUUCGACUCGGCCAGCUUCAUCCUCGGCACGAGCAGCUCGCUCUUCAACGCCUUUCUCUUGCAAAACAUCAGCGCCAUCAACGGCGUGCCCAGCUUCCUCCUCGAAGCCGCCACCGCUGUCCUGGACGGCCUCUCCGAAAACGAGAAUGACAUUGCCCAGUACGCGCCGAACCCCUUCCUCGGCUGGAACAACGCCACCAACCCGACACACAGCGAGUUCGAGCUCGACCUGGUAGACGGGGGCGAAGACCUGCAAAAUAUCCCUCUGCACCCGCUGAUCCAGCCGCUGCGUGGCGUCGACGUCAUCUUCGCCGUCGACUCGUCGGCCGACACGACCUACAACUGGCCCAACGGCACCGCGCUGCGGGCGAGCUACGACCGCUCCCAAUCCGCCAUCGCCAACGGCACCCUGUUCCCUCCCGUGCCCGACGACAAGACCUUCAUCGCGCUGGGUCUCAACAACCGGCCGACCUUCUUCGGCUGCGACCCAGCCAACUUUUCCCUCUCCGGAGACCGCCACCUGCCCCCAUUACUCAUCUAUUUACCCAACGCGCCCUACACGGCCAUGUCCAACGUGACCACCUUCACGCCCAGCUACACGCGCGCCGAGCGCGACGCCAUCAUCCGCAACGGCUACAACGCCGCCACUCAGGGCAACGCCACGGCCGCCCUCGACGCCCAAUGGCCCGCCUGCGUCGCCUGCGCCGUGCUCAGCCGCAGCCUGCACCGCACGGGCACCGCCGUCCCGUCCGUCUGCAGUGACUGCUUUGACCGGUACUGCUGGAACGGCACUACCGUUGCCGCGUCGGCGGCUGCCGCGGGGGAGUACGAGCCUACCUUUAAGAUUAGGAACGAGGGCCCGGGAUCCGAAGACAAGGCCUCGGCUGCUGCCGGGAUUCCGGCGAGGAGAGGGAGUUCGGCUGUGGUCGGGUUGGUGGUGGGGGUGUUUGUUAUGGUGGCUAUUCUGUGA